AUUAGCAAUACCAGACUUGCUUUGUACCAUAUUUAUUGGUGGGCAAAGCAUCCGCAUCAACCUCGCGUCCUAGGUCUACUCUAGAAACCUACACCUUUUACCUAAUAGACGCCCCCUAAUACCGCUAUCACCAUGCGCUCCUUCGCAUCUCUCCUCACCCUGGCCUCCACGGCCGCCGCCAUCAAGGGCUUCAACUACGGUGCCACAUUCACCACCGGUGCCGUCAAGCAGCAGGCCGAUUUCGAGGCUGAGUUCACCGCUGCUCAGACCCUCGAGGGGACUUCCGGCUGGACUAGUGCCCGCCUCUAUACUACGGUGCAAGGCGGAACCGCCAGCGACCCCAUCUCGGCCAUCCCGGCGGCCAUCAAGACCAAGACCACUCUGCUCCUCGGUCUGUGGGCGUCCGCGGGCGACGAGUCGUUCGCCAACGAGAUCAAGGCCCUCCGGGCCGCCAUCGACCAGUACGGCGACGCCUUCACCAGCCUCGUCGAUGGCAUCUCCGUCGGCAGCGAGGACCUGUACCGGAACUCGCCCACCGGCAUUGCGGCCGGUUCCUACGUCGGCGCCGAGCCGUCCACGCUCGCCCGCUACAUCCGAGACACCAGGGAAGCCAUCAAGGGCACCGCUCUCGAGAAUAGCCCCAUCGGCCACGUCGACACGUGGACGGCGUGGGUCAACGGGACGAACCAGGCGGUGAUCGACGCGUCCGACUGGCUCGGCAUGGACGCCUACCCCUACUUCCAGGACACCGUGCCCAACGACGUGUCGCAGUCGAACCAGCUGUUCCAGGAGGCCCUCGCCAGCACGCAGGCCGCCGGCGGCUCGAAGCCCGUGUGGAUCACGGAGACGGGCCACCCGGUCAGCGGCAAGACGGUCGGCCAGUCGAUCGCGUCGGCCGACAACGCCGAGACCUUCUGGAAGGACGUCGUGUGCCCUCUCGUCGCGAGCGGCGCCCACCUCUGGUACUAUACCCUCCAGGACGCCGCGCCCGACACCCCGGACCCGAGCUUCGGCAUCGUCGGCAACAAGCUCUCCAACAAGCCGCUGUUCGACCUGAGCUGCAGCAACAGCACCAGCGGCGGGUCCUCCUCCUCAUCCUCGGCUCCUUCCUCAUCCGCUACCAAGCCUCCUAGCUCCUCGACCGCCUCGGGCGCCGGCGCUUCCGCCACCCAGUCCGCCACCCAGCCCGCCGGAAACACGGGAGGCGGCGAGGGAUCCUCUACCCCUACGUCGGCCGUUCCCAACCCUGGCUCGACCGGAACCAUCCCCGGCUCCGGCUCUGACUCCGGUUCUGGCUCCGGCUCCGGCUCUGGUGCGGGCACUAACGGAACCUUCACCGCGCCGCCAGCCGCCACGUCAACCGUCCCCGUGACGGGCACCGGGGCCACCGGCAUGCAGUCGGGUGCCUUUGUCGCCGCCUUCACCGCCAUCAUGGCCGCCAUCUUCGCCCUGUAAACGUGCUAGGCGAGGAACUCGCAGAGGAAAAGGGGGCUGUUCGCGACGGGCGGACUCGGGUACAUCAUGACGGUCGGCGUUGUUUUUUUUUUUCGCGCAUCUUUUUCACGAGAAAAUCGGAUCUGUCCCCCCCCAGGUCGGGCCGGCUUUGACCUAGGUAUACUCCGGUUCUCUCUGUCCUCCUCUUCGCUCUCUUGUGUUCGCGUCGCGAAGAAUGGGGCGGAAACUGGU